GAGGCAUUAAUCUGUGACGUCAACAGCCAAUCAGAGUCGCGAAUUUUAGAAAAUGAAGCGUUCGCUUAGUUGCCUACCAUAGAAUAUGCAUGAUGGAAUAUUUAUUUUACAGACCAGUACCUGCAAUAUUGCAGGUUACGUUACAUUCAUAAAUAAGUAACAGUGAAAUGUUUAAAGAUUCGUUUAAAUAUUAUAAAUCAAGAAAUCCAAAGCCAAGUUUUGAGGAGGUUUUGGAUUUUACAAACAGUUCUUCUUGGACAAAUAAGGUAAAGUCAGUUAGUAUAAACUCAGAUAAUUUUACCAAAACGUUUGAUCUUAUUGAUCCAUCUGCAUGGGAAGCAUUUGAAAUACUUGAUAGACCUGGGUUUAUUUACAUUAAAAAUCCAUUCACAUCCAUUGGCCAAAGAUAUUGGAUCCGGCAAGCUAUUGAAGAGUAUACAAAAAAGCCAAACAAACUAAAUAUUGAUAUUCAUUCACUUGUUCCAUUGGAGCAGAAUUGGUGGGAUUAUGCAAAACAAGACAAAAGUGUUUUAAAGAAAUUAAGGUGGUCUACAUUAGGUUACCAUCAUAACUGGGAUACAAAAAUAUACAGUGAUCAAGCUAAGAAUACAUUUCCUGAUAAUUUGAGUAGGUUGUGCUAUACUUUUGCUCAAGCAUUGGGAUAUGAUUUUAAAGCUGAAGCAGCUAUUGUUAACUUUUAUCACUUAGAUUCCACUUUAGCAGGGCAUACAGAUCACUCAGAAGAGUAUCUAGAUGCGCCUUUGUUUUCAUUUAGUUUUGGCAAUAGUGCUGUGUUUUUACUGGGUGGGCUUACCAUAGAUGAAAAACCUACUGCUGUUGUUAUUCAUAGUGGUGAUGUUGUAAUAAUGAGUAAAGAAUCAAGAUUAUCAUAUCAUGCAGUGCCAAGAAUUGUUAAAACAGAAAAGCAAAUGUGGAAUGAUUUUAAUUGUGAAAGUGAUGUGCCUUUAGAUAGUGAACUACGUAUGUACACAAGUCAGAGUAACUUUAAUGAAUUUCAAGAUUAUUUGGAAGGUUUGAGAAUUAAUUUAAAUGUAAGACAGGUACUACCACAUGGACAAUUAAACUUAAUUGGCACAGUUCCAAAUAAAGAUAUUUAAUUAAUUUCUUUAUAA